UGGGAAUCGACUCUCAGCUUUACACUGCAGAGCAGACAUGCAAACAAAUGUCGGAGCAGACUGGUGUGAUUUUCUGUAGCUGUAGCUGAGACCGCUAACCAGCGGAAUAAACAUUAUUCUGAGAACUGAACCCCUGUACAUCGUUCUUAUUACCAUGACGGAUGACAGCGAGUGGGUGGUGGAGAGUAUAGCGGGUUAUUUGGGGAGUCCGGACUGGAUCAUACCGAUCACUCAGUUCAUGGAGAACAAAUGCUCAGUGUUUGACGAGGAGGAGGAAAAUAAAUUAAGCUAUACAGAAAUCCAUCUGCAAUAUAAGCAACUGGUAGAGAACCUGUUAGAAAGCUAUAUGCAGGAAGUGGGUAUUAGUGAACAGCAGUUUUUGGCAGCAUGUUCAUCUCCCUUUGCCAAAUCGAAAACUUUGCAGACUCUGUUUCAGCCGGUGGUGGCCACAGAUGACUUUCAGAUGUUUCGCUCAUUGAUGGUGCAGAAGAACGUGGAGCUGCAGCUUCAGGCCCUGCGCGUCAUCAAGGAAAAUACUGGUGCCCUUCCGGACUGUUUGACUGAUGGUGUGGAUGUCAUGAGCGAGCUGGAGCAGCAGGAGAUGCAGAUUCUGCAGGAGGUUCUCAAACGCUCGAAGGAGGAGUACGAGGAGGAAAUAGCACGCAGAAAGCACUUUGAGGAAAAGGUGGGCACCACAUCCACCAGCUCCUGUGAGGAUCCAGUAAGAAAUGGUACUCACCCCCAGGCUACUGCAUACCCACCCCAGCUAAUCAGCAUCCCCAGCAAUAAAGAGGAAAAGGAAGGAGAAACAAGGUCUGCUGUUCCUGACAAUGUGGCACAAAGUUCAAGCUUUACAGAGACCAAGAAGCUUCCAAAUGUUCGGGCACCAGUCAAGGGUCACGCUCCCCCACAGGUGCCAAGGGAGAAGAGUGCCAACCAUGCAGCAGAGAGCUGUUUAGAGCAGGCACGCAUGGAAGCAGGCAUCUCCAAACCUUUCAGUGAUCUGACAGCAGCACAGCAGGAGCAGUUGCAGCAGAGAGCUGAGUAUCUCAAACAGCAGAGGGACAAACUGCAGGCUUUAAAGAAAGAGCAGAAAGCUAAAUCACCGACUAUAGAGAAUCCCCCAGCAGCCCCGGCACCUGCUCCCCCUAAACAGGCCCCAAAAAGGCAGGGGGGCUCCACUAGUGUGAAUGGCACACAGCCACAAAGUUCCAGCCCUGCUGCUCAGAAGGAGAUCUCAGUGGAAGAGCAGAAGAAGCUGCAGAAAAGAAAACACUUGGCCGAGAAACUGAAAGAAGAAGUCAUCAAAAAAUAAAGUUCAGCAUUCUGUCAUGGAUUACAGAGAAGGUGUCCAGUAACAGAGGUGGACUGAAAAUGCUCCAAUGAUGGGGUUACGUGGACUUUUCUGAGUCAAACAAAACCUAUAUGGAUGGAGGACCAGAGAUGAUUCAACAUGCAUGAACACACAUCAUUAGUCAUUAAUAAUGUGCUGGCAAUACAUCGAGAACACAUUCAGAUCUAUCACUGUAUGUUCUUAAAUAAACACAGUUUUAUACA